AUGGCUGCCAUUAUUAUAAGAAAUACAUACACAGUCGUGCCGGCUGAACCAACAUGGACCGGUCGGUUUCCAUUAGCCGAAUGGGAUCAAGUUGGUACAAUAACUCACGUUCCCACCAUUUACUUCUAUGACAAGCCACCUGACUCCUUCCAAGGCAAUAUAGUCGAAACUCUACAAAACUCAUUGAGCCAUGCGCUUUUCCAUUUCUACCCUUUGGCCGGCCGUCUUCGUUGGCUCCCUCGGGGCCGCCUAGAGCUCGAUUGUAAUGCUGCGGGAGUGACACUCAUUGAAGCUGAAUCCGAGGCUGAGCUUUCAGAUUUCAACAAGUUCUUGGGGACGAAGGAAUUCGAGAAACUUGUGCCGCAAGUAAAUUACAAAACCGCUAUCGAAACAAUCCCUCUCUUUUUAGCUCAGGUCACCAAGUUCAGAUGCGGCCGAAUAAGCCUCAGCGUCAAAGUUUCACAUGCAGUCGUGGAUGGACAAAGCGCACUUCACUUCCUGUCUGAAUGGGGAAGAAUCGCACGCGGUGAACCUCUAGAAACCGUUCCAUUUCUGGACCGCAAAGUCCUCUGGGCUGGUGAACCGCUUCCGCCGUUUGCGUCAUCACCUCUGUACGAAGGUAAAGAAUUUGAAGAGCCGCCGUUACUGAUCGGUGAAACGGACUGUGUAGAAGAAAGAAAGAAGGAAACAGUUGUGGCGAUGCUAAAGCUGAGCAAAUCUCAGCUUGAGAGGCUUAGAAGUAGAGCGAAUAGAAGCCAAUACGCUGAUCCAGCGAGAGGGUUUACAAGGUACGAGACGGUCACGGGACACGUAUGGAGGUGCGCUUGCAAAGCACGUGGGCACUCGCCAGAGCAGCCCACGGGUUUGGUAAUCUGUGUUGAUGCUCGUAAUCGGGUGCAGCCACCUCUGCCAGCUGGCUAUUUUGGCAAUGCCACUCUUGAUGUGGUCGCAGCAAGCACCUCAGUUGGUUAUAUUUGA